UACUCCACUAGGCUUGCUCUUCAAUUCAGAGACUCCGACAAAGACGCUGUCGCCGCCUCAGCUGCUGAUUUAUCGCUUUGUUGACUAUUCAGACUCCCUCUUGUGUGGUUGAAUUUUUUGUGAAAGCUGUGGAGAUUACUAGAAGCCAAAUUAAUUUCAGUUUUUUCCCUGUCCGGGACAAUGUAUUAAAUUCGUUUAGAAAUAUACAAUUAUACAUAUGUGUGUGAAAAAAAAUUCUUUGGACAUUUUAGAGAACCAUGGGAUAAUUCGGUUGCUACCCAAGUUUUAAAAUGUUUGAUUGGUGCAAACAUGAACAAUGUUAAUUCAAUUCAAUUCAAUUUAAAAAUAAAAUAAAAAAUCGUAAUCAUUCGAAACGUUUUUUUUACUCAAUUAAUUCAAGAUUGUUAUUUGUUUUGUUGACUAAUUCAAACUGUCCCCCUUGCCCUUGUAUGACCGGUGACAUUGAAUUAGGGUUGAGUACAUGUAGGGUAUCCUGACUCCUGAUUUUUUGGGUUAUUCGAGUUUCGUCUUCGUCUUUAUGGAUUUUGAAAAAACACUAUCUCGUUUUCGUUUUUGUGAAACUCGGAUACCCAAGACUCGAAUAUUCAUCAAUCUCAACGGCAAUGGUGAAUGUUACUGAUCUUGGAGCCGUAGGAGUCUCUCGCUAUGGUCCAAAGCUUUUGCACUCUCUCUCAAACAUCAGGUUAAAGGGCUUAACAGGGAAAUUUGAUAUACUCGACGGGCAACUGCAGUCUUCAACGUUUGAGAUCAUCAAUCUCAACGGCAAUGGUGAGAGAGUGAUUGGAUACUGGACACUCGACAAAGGGCUCGUGAAGAAACUGGACCAAAGGAACAGAACAAUGGAACGGUAUACGAAGUCAAAGGAGAGGCUAGCGCCAGUGAUAUGGCCGGGUGGGUCGAUAUCUGUCCCGAGAGGGUGGGAGGCUCCGACAAACGGGAGGAGAUUACGUGUUGGAGUUCCGGUGAAGAGAGGUUUCGAGGAAUUCGUGAAGGUGAGGAAAGAUCUGAGCACGAACUCGACCAUUAUUGUGACCGGUUACUCCAAAGAUAUUUUCGAAGCGGUUCUUAGACAAUUGCCUUAUGCAGUCACUCCUGACUACGGUUCUUUCGAAACUCCAGACGAGAACUACAACGAUCUGGUCUACCAAGUUUAUCUAGGGAGUUUCGACGCGGUAGUUGGAGAUGUUACAAUAAUAGCGAACAGGACGGAGUACGUAGACUUCACAUUGCCGUACACUGAAUCCGGAGUGUCUAUGUUAGUGCCUCUGAGGAAUAACAGGGACAAGAACACAUGGGUGUUCCUCAGACCUUGGAGCUUGGAUCUUUGGGUUACAACUGCAUGUUUCUUCAUCUUCGUCGGAUUCGCUGUCUGGGUUCUUGAACACAGAGUCAACGAGGAUUUCCGUGGACCGCCUCUGCAUCAGAUCGGAACCAGCUUCUGGUUCUCCUUCUCCACCAUGGUUUUCGCCCACAAGGAGAGAGUGGUGAGCAAUUUAGCGAGGUUCGUGGUGAUCGUGUGGUGCUUCGUGGUUUUAGUGCUCACUCAAAGCUACACGGCAAGCUUGACUUCGCUUCUCACAGUGCAACAACUCCAACCAACGGUCACAAACGUAAACCAACUGAUCAAUAAUGGAGACCACGUUGGGUACCAGAGAGGCACCUUCCUGCUGGGGGUCUUGAAGAAUCUCGGCUUUGACGAAUCAAAGCUCAGAGUUUACGACUCUGUGGAUCAGCUGGACGAGCUUUUAACGUCGAAAGACGGUAUAGCAGCAGCGUUCGACGAAGUUCCCUACCUGAAGGUUCUCCUUUCACGUUACUGCUCAAAAUACACAAUGGUUGAACCAUCCUUCAAGACUGCUGGCUUUGGCUUUGUGUUUCCCAAGGGCUCACCUUUGACAGAUGACGUCUCGAGGGCAAUCUUGAAGGUGACUGAAAGCGAAGAAAUGAGACAGAUCGAGAGCAAAUGGUUCAAGAAAGAGAGCAAUUGCACUGAUCCAAACACUUCCCUUUCGUCGAACCGUUUGGGCCUCGGCAGCUUCUGGGGCCUGUUUCUAAUCGCGGGGGUCGCUUCCUUUUAUGCCCUUACCGUGUUCGCGGUCAUGUUUUUGUAUGAACACAAGCAUGCAUGGAACCACUCCAAUGGCGAACCUCAUGAUUCAUCGAGAUGGAGAAAGUUGGUGGUUUUGCUUAGAAUCUUCAACGAGAGAGACGUGAAAUCACAUACGUUUAGGAAGAGUGGUCAUUAUUCUCAGAAUGCGACAUCGAUUGACGCAUCGCCUAAUACACAUUACCACCCACAAAGCCCUUCGACUUCGCAAGACACGCCAUGGCCACAGAGUCCGUCGAGUCCUUCCAAAGGUUCGAGCUUUUCCUUCUUCAGUGACCGAAGAAGAGACGAACAUGAAAACGAAGUUCAUGCAGAGGUUGGAGGUGAAGGAAAAGCAGAACAUAACUGCGGAACAAGUUCUCAAGCUUAAGUAUCGGUUGGAUAGUUCAUUCCUUGAUAUCAGCUGUAAAUCUAAAAUUUGUCACAUAUUUACAUGA